UUGGUAUCUUUUUUUCAGACGCACCCCUGUCAUUUUCCCAUAACUACAUAUCAAACACCCUUAUCUGGCUGUGCUUCACGUGUGGUUCGUUUCCAAAAGGAUAGAGCCGAACCAAAACGCGUUCCGCCGUUGGCUUUCGAUUCCUCACUCAGCGCUGCUGAUACCCCACUCAGUGUUAUCACCGAGUCUGUCCUAUCAGUUGGAACCGACUGUCGUGGUCAACCGGGGACGGUACGAUUUCAGAGCCCAACAGUUUUCUCCGGUUGUGAUUUCGGACCCCGCGCUCCUCCUUCGUCACCCAUCGUAUUCAGUCCGCAGGCUACUCAUCCAGCACCAUCUACGGAGUCCCAGGUGAACAGUCCUUCACGCAAACUACAGAGCUACCGAUUGUUGGGUACACCGGAAUAUCUCGCUCCGGAAUUGUUAAUGCUUACAACUCCGUCAUCAGAACCACGAGAGACGGCUGCGGUCGACUGGUGGGCUUUGGGCAUUAUUCUGUUUGAAAUGCUUACUGGUAGUACACCGUUCACGGAUGACACUCCGGAGGCCAUCUUCCAAAACAUACUUAACGGAGAUAUUCCUUGGCCAUGUUCUGUGAUCGGCGUUUCUUCAGACUCCGCAAAUGAUCAACGAUUGGAAACUGAAGCUGACGAAUUAUCUCCGGCAGCUGUCGACUUAAUCAAAGGCCUUUUGUCACCUUCACCGUGCGAUCGCAUGCUUGUGGUGUCUCGAUUGCGAAACUGUGCCUUCUUGGCAUCUUUCAACGAUUGGGAACACCUGGAUCAAUUGGAAAUGCCGUUUGUUCCCUGUCCGGACGAUUCUACUGAUACUACAUACUUUGAAGUAAGCCUAAUCUCGUCACAAUCCCGUUCAGUUUUCACUACUUUUAGUGAACACUACACGCCGAUUUCUUUGUGGGUCCAAACGGCUCAAAAUUCUGCACAAAACUAG